CUGAUACAUAGAAAUUCAGAUACUGGAUAAUGGGAAUUCCUAACUAUAAACACCCAAAUGGUUGUAUAACGGCGACGCCCCCAUAAUUCUACCGGAGCGAAAUCCAAGCUGUAUAGACUCUGUGUCUCUCGAGAAUUGAUACUGGAGAAAGCUGUAUAGCCAUCUUCUUUCCUCCUCGCUCUUCCCCCACUCUGCUUCUCGCCAAAAUGCGCUCCAAGGACAGGAUCUCCUACUUUUACGACGGGGAUGUGGGUAGUGUUUAUUUUGGGCCGAACCAUCCAAUGAAACCACACCGGCUUUGUAUGACCCACCAUCUUGUCCUCUCCUAUGAGCUUCAUCAGAAGAUGGAAAUUUAUCGGCCUCACAAAGCGUAUCCUGUUGAACUUGCUCAGUUCCAUUCAGCCGAUUAUGUUGACUUUUUACACCGGAUCACACCCAACAGUCAACACUUGUUCUCAAAUGAAUUGGCAAAAUAUAAUCUUGGAGAAGAUUGCCCUGUCUUUGAAAAUUUGUUUGAGUUUUGUCAAAUUUAUGCUGGUGGAACGAUAGAUGCUGCACGCAGAUUGAACAAUCAACUUUGUGACAUUGCUAUCAACUGGGCUGGUGGGUUACACCAUGCCAAGAAGUGCGAGGCAUCUGGCUUUUGUUACAUCAAUGAUUUGGUUUUGGGAAUCUUGGAGCUUCUAAAACAUCAUGCCCGUGUUUUGUAUAUUGAUAUAGACGUGCAUCAUGGCGAUGGUGUAGAAGAAGCCUUUUAUUUCACAGACAGGGUGAUGACUGUUAGUUUUCACAAGUAUGGGGACAUGUUUUUUCCAGGAACUGGUGAUGUUAAGGAAAUAGGAGAAAGGGAAGGGAAGUUUUAUGCCAUAAAUGUCCCGCUCAAGGAUGGAAUAGAUGAUUCCAGCUUCACCAGACUUUUUAAGAGUAUUAUUUCCAAGGUUGUUGAAACAUAUGUACCAGGUGCAAUAGUUCUCCAAUGUGGGGCAGAUUCACUAGCUGGGGACCGCUUAGGCUGCUUCAAUCUCUCCAUUGAUGGGCAUGCUGAAUGUGUUAGGUUUGUGAAGAAGUUUAAUUUGCCUUUACUGGUAACUGGAGGUGGGGGAUAUACGAAAGAGAACGUUGCUCGAUGUUGGGCUGUGGAAACUGGAGUUCUUCUGGAUACAGAACUUCCCAAUGAGAUCCCAGAAAAUGAGUAUAUCAAAUAUUUUGGUCCAGAAUACUCGUUGAGGAUUCCAAAUGGGCACAUAGAGAACUUAAACAGCAAAUCGUACCUUAGCACAAUCAAAAUGCAGGUCUUCGAAAAUCUUCGCAGCAUCCAACAUGCUCCUGGUGUACAAAUGCAAGAGGUUCCACCCGACUUUUAUGUUCCUGAUUUCGAUGAAGACGAGCGAGACCCCGAUGAGCGCAUGGAUCAGCAAGCCCAAGACAAGCACAUUCAGCGCGACGAUGAAUAUUAUGAAGGAGACCAUGAUAAUGAUCAGAAUAUGGACGACGUAUAAGUUGUUGUGACCUGAGCCCUACAUAUUUUUUGCAGGAAGAGUAACUUUGCAAUUUAGAAAGGAAGAUGUAAUUAGACUCCCAAUUAUGUGUAGCGCCCAAGGGAAUUCACGUGAUCUGAUGUAACAAAUAUGACUGCUGUAGAAAAACACUGCAAUUUACCAAAAUUAAGAGAAAUCGAAUAGCAAUUUGAUUAGGUAGGUACA